AUGACCCAAGUCCCGCCCCUCAGAUCAUCUGUUGGGCGAGUGCAGGAUCAAACCAACGUCCCAUCUGUCAUCAAGCCUUCAGAAUGUCUCCUGGACUUGGACACCCAACCAGAUCCUGUGUCUGAUCACGACAGCCAAUUAAAACCAGUGUUAGAGGGUUCUGACCUAUCAGAGUCAAAGUCCAUCCUGCCUGUACAGCAAACUGCCCAGAAGGAACCUUUAGACCUUCCGCCUGACAGUGGUCCACGGUGCAUCGCCUUGUUUGAUUACGAAGGAGAGGAGGAAGACGAGCUCACCUUCUGCCAAGGUGAUGUCAUCGUCCUCAUGGAGGUCAAUGGGCAAGAGUGGGGGCGGGGUCAAAUCCAUGGGCGUAUAGGAAUGUUCCCUCUGAGCUUCACCAUGGUGAUGGAGCCCCUCCCACAGCCGGCAUCGCUGUCUGUGGAAAGUGAAAAAGACUACAGCAGACACAGCAGCAGCUGAAAGUCCUGGUGAGCU